CACUUGCAUACUUAGGAAAGCACAGAGCCGUGGAAGCUUCAGUUGGUGAAGAAAAUUCGGGGUGUCCGGAUGUGACUAGCAGAUAUUCAGAUCCUAUAAAGCAAGAUUCAUAGUCUGGAUACUGUACGGUGUUGUGGUUCCUUCUAUCAUUUCUCGUGAUUUAAAAAAGUAUUUUUCUCAUACUUUUGCUGAAAAUAGUUUUGAAAUCCUAUCGAAUUUAAGGAUAGCCUACGGUUGUGAAUUAGAUAAAACUAAAUAUCUUAGUGAUAAAAUCAAGUGCUUCCUUGAAAGAAAGUUUAAAUCAACACGAGGAAACAGGGAUUUUGGAUAUCGACUUUUUUUAGGUCUUCCUGAAACAGACACACUACAGACGGGAAAGCGUCGUUUUCGUUGUAAUUGUGCAGAUAAGACAUUAAAAAAAAAAGAUUCGACAAUACAUAACUAUCUGGAAUUGAUAUCAACCCCACCCAAAAAAAUGGAAUUCGAAGCCAAUAAAACUUCUGGAUACUGGGACUAUCUUUUUGUUGACUUAGCAGAUCCUCGAACAAAUGAUUGGCUUCUGAUUAAGUCACCACUUCCGGCUGCCGGUAUCCUCAUUGCGUGGUUGUACUUCGUAACGUCAUGGGGUCCUAAAUUUAUGGCCAAUCGAAAACCAUUCCAACUGGAGAAAACAUUAAUUGUUUAUAAUUUCUUCCAAGUUGCGCUUAGUAUUUAUAUUUUCUAUGAGGGUCUCGAUGCAGCCUGGUUGAAUUAUUACAGCUGGAGAUGUCAGCCAGUUGAUACUUCAAACACUCCCCAAGCUAUUCGAGAAGCGCGUACUGUUCAUAUCUACUUCCUUGCGAAAAUCACGGAACUGUUGGACACUGUGUUCUUCGUUUUGCGCAAGAAAGAUCGCCAAAUUACCUUCUUGCACUUAUACCAUCACACCGUCAUGCCAAUGAUUUCUUGGGGAACAACCAAGUACUAUCCAGGAGGACACGGAACCCUAAUUGGUUUAAUCAACUCCUUCGUUCAUAUUGUUAUGUACUCGUACUACCUGUUGUCAGCUAUGGGACCACAAAUCCAAAAAUACUUGUGGUGGAAAAAAUACAUCACCCAAAUGCAAAUGAUCCAAUUCUGCAUUGCCUUCCUUCACUCUGCUCAACUUUUGUACACCGACUGCGGAUAUCCAAGAUGGUCUGUUUGCUUCACUCUGCCAAAUGCUAUCUUCUUCUACAUGUUAUUCGAUGAUUUUGCCAAGAAAAACUAUACAAAACCCGCCGAUAAGAAAGCCACCAUCAAGUCAUGUUCUUCAGAAUCAAACAACAAUACAGUCAGCAGCAACAAUAACGACAGCACGACGAAAAAGGACCUGUAAUAGGAUAACAAAUUGAUAGUUCAAUAAGUUUAGUUGUUUUUUAAAAAAAAUCUUUUGAAAGUUCUGGAAAAAGAUAAAAUACUCAAUUGUCCAUACGGGUCUUCCAAUCUUCCAAUCUAGUACUCAGUUAUACAAAUCUUUUUGAUAUUUUCUGAACUUUCUUCCUUCGGUAGAUGGACGGACGGACGGAAAAAAACAACCCUUAAAUCCUUGAAAAGUGUUCGUGUACAUAAAGAUAGUUUUUAAUGAAGCAAAUAGACUGUAAGGUGUUUUCCUGGGAAAACACAUUAAACAUUAUUCAUAAUGUUAAAUUCUGAAUGCGAUAAUGUUAGUUUGUUAGAGUGUAGAGAAGAAUGUAUUUGUUUAGAUUAGGACACCCUUAAUUCAUAGAGUCUUAUAGUAUUGUAAAGUUUUAAAAUAGGGAUCUGUCGACAGGUUUUUAAGAUUGAAAACAAUCGUGAACGGGGGAAAAACUAGUGAAUCAAUUAUAUUGUUAAGUUGAUGAUUUUUAUGAAAAUAAAAAGAAACAAUUUUUAU